GUAGAAAUAAAAGAGAGGGUUAUUUUAGCUUCGAAUAUCUCACUACAGUUACCUAACCGUUAAAGGUGCUUUCUUUAUUUACCGACCAAUACCAAUGGUCCUGGAAGAGAAAGAUUACCCCAAUUUUUUUACGCAUAAAAAAAUUAAAGAUCAAACCCCAAGGCCCAGAUAAUGGAGACCACACAAACAAAGCAAUCCCCACUUUAGAAGUAUUGAUAGCCCCCCCAACAGAACCCCACUACCAAACACCACCAUGGCCCCAAGCUGCUCAACCCUCCCAGCCCUCGUUCUCCUCCUCUUCCUCUCUGUUAUCCCCAUCCCCUUGUCCUCAGCAACAUCACCCACAAUACCACCAAGAACAACAUCAUCUCCAGCAUCAGGAACAGAGCCUACCCCCACCCCAUGGCCCCUCCAAUUUCACGCCCUCCUCUUCAUGAACUACAGCGGCGCCCUAUCCAUGAUCGACCUCUGGUACGACUGGCCCAACGGCCGCAUCAACAUCAUCCAGGACCAGCUCGACGGCCCACCUCUCUACGACCUCGAGUGGAACAACGGCACCUCCUUCUUCUAUACUCUCUCCUCUCCAUUGUCCUGCCGCUCCGCGCAGAUCGACGUCGGCAUCCUGCGCCCCAAUUGGCUCGCCGGCGCGACCUACCUCGGCCAGGAGUACGUCGAUGGAUUCCUCUGUAAUGUGUGGACCAAGGUUGACUUCAUCUGGUACUAUGAGGAUGUUGCCACCAACCGCCCUGUUCAUUGGGUCUUCUACACAGGAAGAGCUGCUCACGUGAUGACAUUUGAGGUGGGAGCAGCGCUUGAGGAUGCCAAAUGGCAGGCCCCCGUCUACUGUUUCGAUAAAGAGGAAAAGGCGGGCGCGGAAUCCCACUCCUCCAUUUCUGAUGUUUUUCAGCAGAGAUUGAAGGAGAAGAGAUCUCUGAGAGCUUUGAUGGAGUUUUGAAUGCUACAGUUUCCAAACGCUGGAACCCUCGUCUGUUCUCUCUUCUGAGUAUGAUUUUAGUAAAUUGGGGACACUCAUCUCUUUUUUAAUCUAAUAAAUGAUGCAUGAUCCUUGUUGCUGCAA